UUUUAAGUUAAAGCUUAGUCAUACUGAGGGUCGAUCACGUGCGCAUUACAAAUGAAAAUUUAAAAAAAGAAAUUCUCUGCUCUAGAACAAGUUCGAACAUUACCAAGCGGCGAGAAAAAAACUGAUAAGUAUAAAAUGGAGGAAGAAUCCCUGAUUAGUUUUGGCAGCAAAUAUAUUUUAAUUAUAUUGUAAUCAAUUGAUUUCAUUCAUAAAUACUUAUACAUAUCACACAUAAAUAACAAUGGUUGCCACUAUUGCCUCUAAACAAGAAUUUACUGAAGCUUUACAACACGAUGGUUUAGUCGUUGUUGAUUUUUUUGCUACUUGGUGUGGACCUUGUAAGAUGAUUGCUCCAUUAUUAGAUAAAUUUUCUAAAGAAUAUACUACUGCUAAAUUCAUUAAAGUUGAUGUUGAUCAAUUUGGUGAAAUUGCUCAAGAAUAUGAAGUUUCAUCUAUGCCAACUGUUAUUUUCUUUAAAGAUGGUAAGAUUGUUAACAAAAUUAUUGGUGCUAACCCAGGUGCUUUAAAGCAAGUUUUAGCUGCUAAUGCUUAAAUUUCUUUAAAUAAUUGAAAUUUUUAAAUUUGAUAUAAUUAGUAUCAUUAGUGUUAUUAUUAUAAAUCCUAUUUUGAACACAUAUAGGUUUAGUAUAUAAAUUUAUUUAUGUUAUUUUAAUAGACAUAUACGCGUAAGAAGUUGAUAUAUUUUUUGAUUUGUAAGCUACAAUCAAUAAUCCUCAAAAUGAAGAUUUUGAUUUUUUGCAACUUGUAGUAUAUAAGCACAGAUGAUAGAUUUGUAAUGUAUAUAAGAAUUGAAAAGCAGUAUAAAUAGUACAGUAAAUGAAUAUAUAAAAUAUAUAGAAAUAGAAAUAGAAAUAGAAAUCCCUUAUUGAAUUAAUUGAGAAUUAUUAAAUUCUCUAAUAAAAUCUGAUAUAAUUGGUA